AUGUCUCCUCCUCGCCUCACUUCCCUCCGGCUCCUCCUCCUCCUCCUCCUCCUCCAAGCCGUAUCAAUCUACACCAGCAGCAGCAGCAGCAGCAGCAGCAGCAGCGUCAGCAUCUUCGCCCACGCCCAAACCCCGCCGAACAACAACACCAAUCAAAAAAUCCAAUGGGGCCCCUGCGCCAUCGACCCGUCGCCUUCGUUCCAGUGCGGCAACGUCACCGUCCCGCUCGACUGGACCGACAACGCGUCCGCGCCGCUGACCAUCGAGCUGAUCAAGUACGUGGCGUCGAAGGGGGAGAGGAAUGGGAGCGGGAGUGGGAGUGGGAGUGGGAGCGCAAAGAGCAUCCUGGUCAACUUUGGCGGGCCCGGGGCGAGCGGGCAGCAGCUGAUGGUCACGCUGGGGCCGGUGUUGCAGGCCGUGACGGGCGGACACUACGACCUGAUCAGCUUCGAUCCUAGAGGCGCAGGCAAAACCAUCCCCCUCUCCUGCCACAAGACGGCGGCGGCGCGCGUCAACUUCACGCUGCAGAACCCGUACGUCAACGGGCACGAGUCGGACACGGCGCUGGGGCGGCUGUGGGCGAGCGGGCAGAACAUGGCGGCGGCGUGCGCGGACGCGGACGCGGACGCGGACGGCGGGGACGGCGGGAGGGAGGACGGCAUCGGCGGGUUGCUGGGGUUCGCGUUUGGGGCGAGGGAUUAUGUGCGGGUUGCGGAGGUGUUGGGUGGGGCGGGUGGGGAUGGGUUGGUGAGGUAUUAUGGUCUAUCUGCCGGCACUGUUCUGGGCGCCACCAUCGCCGCCAUGUUUCCGGACAGGAUCGACCGGAUGGUGUUGGACGGGGUGUGGAACAUCCACGAGUAUUACCAUUCCCACGCCGUCGAAGGCUUCACCUCCACCGACGCCACCUUCACCGGCUUCCUCCACGCCUGCCUCGCCGCCGGUCCCUCCAACUGCGCGCUCGCAGCCGCAGCCCCACCCGCAACCAACGCCGCCGACCUCGAAGCCGCGACCUACGCCCUCAUCGAGCGCGUCAAAUACCACCCGAUCCCGCACGCCGGCAAGCUCGUCGACUACACCUUCGUGCGCAACGUCGUCUUCCUCGGGCAGACGACGGUCGCGCAGUGGCCCGCGCUGGCCGCCUUCCUCGCCGCCCUCUUGUUCUCCACGCCGCAGAACGCGACGACGGCGCUGGACGCCGCUCUUCAAACGCUGUCGGCGGGCGAGGACCCCGCCUUCACCGAGAGCCGGUUCGGGAUCCAGUGCGGGGACAAGCCGGGGCGGGCGGCGGCGCUGGCGGACGUGCUGGGCGUCGUCGAGGCCGUGUCGGCGCGGAGCCGGCUGGCGGGGGACAGGAUCGCGUUCGACGUCGAGACGUGCGCGCAGUGGAGGAUGGGGGCCAAGGAGCGGUACCUGGGCGAUUUCGACGUGGCGACGCGGCAGCCCGUCUUGGUGAUUGGGAACACGUAUGACCCCGUGACGCCGCUGGUGUCGGCGAGGAAUGCGAGUGCGAGUUUGAAGGGGUCGGUGCUGCUGGAGCACCAUGGGUUUGGGCAUUGCUCUCUUCAGCAGGUCUCGCGGUGUACUGCGAGGCUGACUACGGCGUACUACGAGAACGGGACGCUGCCGGAGCCGGGGACGGUCUGCGAAGUGGACCUUCCUCCGUUCUCGAACGUGACGUGGCAGGAUGUGCUGCUCUGA